CAUUGUGGUGUUUGAUAUACUCUGGUAGCAGUUUCGGGAGGAAGUCUGGGUGGAUAGGCUGCCAAGCCUUGCGUUCUUGGGUAUCAGACAUAUUCUGAGGUGCAAAGGACGCGAUAAGUACGAGGAUUCCAACCGAACUCAGGUCACUAUGAGGAAUAUUUCCAGGUGGCGGGCCGGGAGACCGCGAGCAUACUUAGAACCGAGUCACGAUCUGACCGUCAUGAUAGUGAAGCCGACAUUGACCAUGUUAGGUAUAUAUGAACUGAAGGUCCACGAGCGGCGAUCCGUCCCUAUCUAUAGACCAUCUCCAUCUCAACUGUUUUAUUGCUUCAGUGGAAGUGUCACAAGAAUCCAACCAUGACAAACUUACCUACUCAAACAAACACUCCGCAUCGACUUUCAGGAAGACCUGACAAGCAGGCACUGGUCUCUGAAUUCAAAGGUAAACCAAUCCGGGGCCUUCGAACACCUGCAGUUGUGAUCGACCGAGCGAUCUUCGCGCAAAACAGUGCCAGAAUGCACGAUAAUGCCAAGCAAUGGGGUGCGAGUUUCAGAGCUCAUGUAAAGACUCACAAGACUGCGGAAGGAGUGAAACUGCAACUCGUCUCGAGCUCGGAUACGACAUAUGCCAUUGUGGUCUCGACGUUGAUGGAGGCUUGGGAAGUAGUCAACGCAGGUUUGGUGAAAGACGGGAUAGUUAACGACAUACUGUACGGGCUUCCAAUUCCAGUCAAUAGAGUCGCCGACCUAGCUGCGUUGUCAGACGUCACUGCUCAGUCUGGUGCCGUCAUUCGAAUAUUGAUUGACCAUGUAGACCAGAUCAAGUUUAUAGAGGAGUACGAAAAGACCAUGAACAGCUCAAGAAACUGGUCCACCUUCCUGAAAGUCGAUGCUGGAUCUAAACGUGCCGGACUUGACCCAAGUUCAACUGCAUUCCACUCGUUAUUGGAGGUUGCCUUGGAAUCUCCGGUCUUGACAGUCUUCGGAUUCUACUGCCACGCGGGACAUUCCUAUUCUUCCACAUCCCCGGAGGCAGCGUCAAAGUUCUUGACGGCAGAAGUGAAUGCGGUUAACGAUGCAGCGAAGCUGGCCCUGGCUCGAUCUAGUAGUCCGUCGAAUGAUACACAAUUCAUUCUGUCCGUAGGAUCCACGCCAACCGCACAUGCAGCGACGGCAGAGACUAACGCCAAGCUAGGCGAGUUGCUGCACGGUAAACUCGAGCUUCAUGCAGGGAACUACCCUUUGCUUGACCUUCAACAACUUCAUACGGGUUUGAUCGACCGCACUCGUAUUGCGCAAAGGGUCCUAGCAACAGUCAUUUCGUACUACCCUGGCAGAGGAGCGAACGGCACCGAUGAAGCGCUAUGCGAUGCAGGCGCGAUUGCAAUGAGUAAAGACACAGGUCCCAGCGGGGGUUUUGGAGAGGUCAUAGGUAAAAGUUGGAGACUGGGGCGUGUGUCGCAAGAACAUGGUAUUUUAACCAGAAGCGGAACAGAAACAGCGGCGGGAGAAGACCAACUCAGAAUUGGGGAUGUCGUGCAGAUUGUCGGUCAACAUGCAUGCUUGACUUUGGCGGCAUACCCAUGGUAUUAUUUGGUAGACUCCAGCAAAGGAAACGAUGCCAGCGUGGUAGAAGAUGUGUGGGUUCCCUGGAAAGGGUGGUGAUGCAUAAGUACUAUCUGUAAUGGUGCACUAGUUUUUUGAGGGUUGUGCUUCUGCAAUAUAUAGCUUGUCAAUAAAAUUUAGGUGUGAGAAGCAAACCGUCCGUCAUAGCAGACCGUAGUGAUAAAUAUGAAUGAAAUGAAGUACAGCCGUCCUG